GAUCCAAAGCUGCGGGAACUGUUGGACGCUGGGAAUGCCGGAGGUCGGCUGGAAAAUCGGAUGAUAACUGUUGUCUAUGGUCCAGACCUGGUCAAUAUAUCAUACUUGAACUUGGUGGCCUUCCAAGAGGAUAUAGCAAAGGAAUGGUCAGAUGAAGUGUUCAGUUUGGCAACAAAUUUGUUGGCACAGAACAUGUCCAGGGAUGCAUUUCUGGAAAAAGCUUACACAAAACUUAAACUGCAGGUGACUCCAGAAGGGCGCAUUCCUCUGAAGAACAUAUAUCGCUUGUUCUCCUCUGACAGAAAACGGGUAGAGACCGCGUUAGAAGCUUGUAAUCUUCCAUCUUCCAGGAAUGAUUCAAUCCCUCAAGAUGACUUCACGCCAGACGUGUACAGAGUGUUCUUAAACAACCUCUGCCCUCGGCCUGAGAUCGACCACAUCUUUUCCGAGUUUGGUGCCAAGAGCAAACCAUACCUUACUGUUGAUCAGAUGAUGGAAUUUAUAAAUUUGAAGCAACGUGAUCCACGGUUAAAUGAAAUCCUUUAUCCGCCACUAAAACAAGAACAAGUUCAACAGCUGAUUGAGAAGUAUGAACCCAACAGCAAUCUAGCAAAAAAAGGACAGAUAUCGGUGGAUGGAUUUAUGCGAUACCUGAGUGGAGAAGAGAAUGGCGUUGUUCCACCUGAGAAACUGGAUUUAAAUGAAGAUAUGUCUCAACCACUGUCACACUAUUUCAUCAAUUCCUCACACAAUACCUACCUCACAGCUGGACAGCUGGCUGGGAACUCAUCCGUGGAGAUGUAUCGGCAAGUGCUUCUGUCAGGCUGCCGCUGUGUGGAGCUGGACUGCUGGAAAGGACGGACAGCGGAGGAAGAGCCGGUCAUAACACAUGGAUUCACCAUGACAACUGAAAUAUCCUUCAAGGAAGUGAUCGAAGCUAUUGCUGAAUGUGCAUUUAAGACAUCACCCUUUCCAAUCCUCCUGUCCUUUGAAAAUCAUGUGGAUUCCCCUAAACAGCAGGCAAAAAUGGCAGAGUACUGCAGAUUAAUAUUUGGAGAUGCAUUGCUUAUGGAUCCAUUGGAAAAAUACCCGCUUGAAGCUGGGGUUCCUCUUCCAAGCCCUAUGGAUUUAAUGUACAAAAUUCUAGUGAAGAAUAAAAAGAAAUCACAUAAGUCAGCAGAUGGAAGUGCAAAAAAGAAGCUCUCAGAGCAAGCUUCCAACACAUGCAGUGAAACAUCUAGUAUGUUUGAACCUUCCUCCCCUGGAGCAGGAGAAGCAGAGAUGGAGAGCGAUGACGAUGACGACUAUGAUGAUGACUGUAAGAAGUCGUCGAUGGAUGAGGGUACUGCUGGAAGUGAGGCUAUGGCCACAGAAGAGAUGUCUAACCUGGUGAACUACAUUCAGCCUGUGAAGUUUGAGUCAUUUGAAGUAUCAAAAAAACGCAACAAAAGUUUUGAAAUGUCUUCCUUUGUGGAAACCAAAGGGCUUGAGCAACUUACGAAGUCUCCUGUGGAAUUUGUGGAAUACAACAAAAUGCAGCUAAGUCGAAUUUACCCAAAGGGAACACGUGUGGAUUCUUCAAACUACAUGCCACAAGUCUUUUGGAACGCUGGCUGCCAGAUGGUUGCUCUUAACUUCCAAACUGUAGAUUUGUCUAUGCAAAUAAACAUGGGAAUGUAUGAGUACAAUGGCAAAAGUGGAUACAGAUUAAAACCAGAAUUCAUGAGAAGACCAGACAAACACUUUGAUCCAUUUACUGAAGGCAUAGUGGAUGGAAUAGUAGCUAACACUUUGUCUGUCAAGAUAAUUUCAGGCCAGUUUCUUUCUGAUAAAAAAGUCGGUACCUAUGUAGAAGUUGACAUGUUUGGCCUGCCUGUGGAUACCAGAAGAAAAGCUUUGAAGACCAAGACCUCUCAAGGCAAUGCAGUUAAUCCUGUCUGGGAAGAGGAAGCCAUAGUUUUUAAGAAGGUUGUUUUACCUUCCCUGGCCUGUUUGAGGCUAGCAGUGUAUGAAGAAGGAGGGAAAUUCAUUGGUCAUCGGAUAUUACCAGUCUCAGCAAUUCGACCAGGCUAUCACUACAUCUGUUUGAGGAAUGAGAGGAACCAGCCCUUGACACUGCCAGCUCUCUUUGUGUACAUAGAGGUCAAAGACUACGUACCUGAUACUUAUGCAGAUGUGAUUGAGGCGUUAUCCAAUCCAAUCAGAUAUGUAAACUUGAUGGAGCAGAGAGCUAAGCAACUGGCUGCACUGACUCUGGAAGAUGAAGAAGAGGUAAAGAAAGAGGUUGACCAUGGAGAUGCACCAUCUGAAGCUCACAAUGAACCUAGGCCAACACCAGCAGAAAAUGGAGUAAAUUACACUGCCUCUCUUACACCGAAGCCAGCAACUCAGGUUGUCCAUAGCCAACCAGCACCAGGUUCGGUGAAAGCACCUGCAAAGACAGAAGAUCUUAUUCAGAGUGUCCUCACAGAAGUGGAAGCACAGACUAUUGAAGAGCUAAAACAACAGAAGUCUUUUGUUAAGCUUCAAAAGAAACACUACAAGGAAAUGAAGGACCUUGUAAAGAGGCACCACAAGAAAACCACCGACCUUAUCAAAGAGCACACUGCAAAGUAUAAUGAAAUCCAAAAUGACUACUUGCGGCGAAGAGCAGUUUUGGAAAAAACAGCAAAAAGAGACAGUAAGAAAAGAUCUGACACAGGCAGCCCAGACCACAGUUCCUCAACUAUUGAACAGGAGUUAGCUGCACUGGACUCUGAAAUGACCCAGAAGCUGGUGGAGCUGAAGGAGAAGCAACAACAGCAGCUGCUAAAUCUCAGGCAGGAGCAGUAUUACAGUGAAAAGUACCAGAAACGAGAGCACAUUAAGCUGCUUAUUCAGAAGCUGACAGAUGUAGCAGAAGAGUGUCAGAACACCCAACUAAAGAAACUGAAAGAAACAUGUGAAAAAGAAAAGAAAGAAUUGAAGAAAAAAAUGGACAAGAAGAGGCAGGAGAAGAUCACAGAAGCAAAGUCCAAGGAUAAAAAUCAAAUGGAAGAAGAGAAGACGGAAAUGAUCCGGUCGUAUAUCCAGGAGGUGGUGCAGUACAUAAAGAGGCUAGAAGAUGCUCAGAGUAAAAGACAGGAGAAACUUGUAGAAAAACAUAAGGAGAUUCGUCAGCAAAUACUGGAUGAAAAGCCUAAG